AUGCGUCCUCCCACCGUGUUUGUGGUUCUACUCGCAGUGGUCGCCGCCAGCGCUCGUAGGAUGACAAAGCAUGAGAUUAGUGAACGCCAACUCGAGGCGGCAAAGCGUUGGCAGACUAGCGGUCCUCAGAAUUUAAAGCGCGGUGGUGUUCAGAAUAUCACAUUCACGAACCCAAAGGCCUCAGAAUUUUACGUCGAUGGCACAUCAAUCCCUCUCGUUGACUUCGACGUUGGUCCUAGCUGGGCAGGUCUUCUACCCAUCAGCAACAGCCCUAACGAGACGCGUCAGCUUUUUUUCUGGUUUUUCCCUCCCGGCCCCGAAGGAAGUCUUGAUGAUUUGAUUUUUUGGACAAACGGUGGCCCUGGCUGCUCCUCCCUCAGAGGUUUGCUAGAAGAGAAUGGACCUUUCAGUUGGUCUUUGGGUCAAGCCAGACCAACCGUGAAUGAACACAGUUGGACCAACCUCUCUUCCGUCCUUUGGGUGGAGCAACCGGUUGGCACAGGGUUUUCUCAAGGCGUUCCGAACGCACAAAACGAGGACGAUGUUGCUGCUCAACUCGUCGGUUUUCUGCAGCAGUUCCUUGAGGUCUUUUCAGAACUACAAGGCAAGAAGUUCUAUUUAUCGGGUGAAAGUUAUGCUGGAGUAUACGUCCCUUAUAUCGCGAACUAUAUCUACGAGAACCCCACUCUAUUGGACCUCUCGUUGCAAGGGAUAUGGAUCAAUGAUCCUUUAAUCUCGUGGCUGGUGGUGCAACAGGAGAUCCCUGCAGUGGACUUCGUGAACAAAUACGCUGGUCUCUUCUCUUUUAAUCAAACGUUCACAAAAUAUCUUGAGAAGAAGGCCGCGAAGUGCAAUUACACUGGCUACAUGGAUAAGUACGUGACAUACCCUCCAACAGGCCUUUUUCCUCUGCCAGGAGGGUCUAUCAACCCUGUCGACGGCUGUGAUGUCUGGCAAGACAUUUUCGAUGCCGCGUUGAUUAUCAACCCCGCCUUCAAUAUCUAUCGUAUCUGGGACACUUAUCCGAUUCUAUGGGAUGUCCUAGGUUUCCCAGGUUCAUUCGCACAGACGCAGUCUCCCAUCUACUUUAAUCAAACGGAUGUGAAGAUAGCUAUCCACGCGCCCGUCAACACCGAUUGGAUGGAUUGCACCAAUAUCAAUGUAUUCCCGAACGGAGACAGCAGCUUACCCCCUGCCUUCACCGUGUUGCCGAGUGUUAUCGAGAAGAGCCAGCGGAGCGUCAUCGUGCACGGUCUUGCGGACUUUAUUCUCAUUGCUGACGGAGCAAGAAUUGCCAUUCAAAACAUGACCUGGGGUGGUUUGCAAGGAUUCCAGACGCCUAUCGCCAAAGACAGCUUCAUUGUCGAUGGCGUGGGUGCCUUUGGGACGAUGCACUCUGAGCGAAAACUGACCUAUUACGAAGUAGUCCUGAGCGGACACAUGGUUCCGCAGUUUGCGCCAGUGGCCUCCUUCCAGAUUAUGCAGUACCUGAUGGGCUUUAGGGACACGCCCUAGAUAGAUACGAACUAACCUCUUCGCACUGUUUGUGUCUUGCCACUGCAUUUUCGCAUCAGACCUGUACAUCGGUAUAUUUUUCGGAGAGUAGGGGCACGGGUGCAAAUGCAAGAGGAGGACAAAAGAAUGUUGGGGUGUGGUGUAAUAGUAGGAUGGAAAUGCUUGCAAAGGAGGGGGUUGUGUUCUCUACGGAAGGAUAUCUUGGGGACGAAUCUGUGCUGCUUUGCCACGAUAUGGUGGCACCAACAUCUAUCAUUGGGUAUCGUCGACAAUGUUAUCCAUAACAAUAUGAAUGAGCAUUAUUCAACUGUAGAGAAGACCUGACAACUUGAACAACGUUCAUAAUGUGACAAUGAACACUGACAAGCAGCAGUA